UUAAGACGGGACUCACCAGCCCAAAGGCGGAAUCCAGUAACGUCUUUAAUAAAGCAGCACUACUACCCCGAGGGCGGCUGGGGCUGGAUCGUGUGCGCCGCCGGCUUCCUGGCGCACCUGCUCUCCUGCGGCCUGCAGCUCGCCUUCGGCCUGCUGCUGCUCUACACCGUGAGGCACCUCGGCGACAACGCCGUCAUCGACUCUGCGUGGCUGGGCGCGCUGAGCACGUCCUCGUGGCUGCUGGCAGCGCCCCUGGCGGUGUCUCUGUGCAGGCGCAAGUGGACGCGGCUGACCGCCAUGUUGGCCGGGCUCGUGAUGGCACUGGCCUGCCUCUUCGCGUCCUUUGCCACGCAGCUGCACCAGCUGCUGCUCAGCUACGGCGUUCUCCUGGGCAUGUCUAGCGGCCUGGUGCGGGAGACGGCGUCGCUGACGCUGGGCCACUACUUCCGGCGGCGCCGCGAGUUCGUCGAAAUGGUGGUGCAGGCGGGCGCCGGCGUCGGCAUCGCCCUCUUCUCCGUACUCUACAGGGAGGCCGUCGGGCAGUGGGGCUGGCGCCUCGGCCUGCAGGCCGUCACGGUGCUGCUGUGCGCCGCCUUCUUCCUGGGCAUGCUGUACCGCUCGGCGUCCAUGUACCACCCGCAGCGGCGCGCCAUCCUGCUGCUCAAGAGCCAGCGCAAGAAGGCGCGCCACAAGAAGCCGCCCUCGCCGCAGCAGCGCCGCCUCCAGCAGCAGCAGCAGCAGCAGCAGCCGCGGCCGCCCUUCUUCGACGUCACGCCGCUGCGCAUCCGCGCCGUGCAGGUGCUCAUGCUCUCAUCCGCCGUCAGCGCGCUCGGAGUCUACACGCCCGUCUUCUACCUGGCACUACAAGGGUACCAAGAAGGCCUCGACGACAGCGCACUGGUGCUUCUGCAGACGUUCCUGGGCUUCGCCACGGCUCUGGGCUGCGUGGGCUUCGGCCUGAUGGUGGUGCGCGCCAGCGACCAGUGCCUCGUCUCCAGGCAGUACCUCUGCCAGGCCGCCAUGGCGGGCAUCGGCCUGUCGCUGCUGGCGCUGAGCACGGUGCAGGGCUACCACGGCUACGUGUUGGUGGUGUGGCUGUACGGUGUCUGCCUCGGCGGCUUCUUCUACUCGCUCAAGGUGUUCACCAUGCAGAGCGUGCGCUCGCGCUACUUCGCUCGGGCCUGGGGCUUCGUGCAGGGCGCCGAGGCGCUGCCCCUGCUGCUCGGUGUGCCAAUAACAGGUUACAUCAACCAGAGCCACCCCAAGGCGGGCUACUACUUCUCGCUGCUGGCGACGCUGCUGGGGGCGGUUCUGCUCUUCCUGGUGGGCGGCGGCUCUGGAGGCGGCAACGUCUGCGGUCGACCUCGUCUGCACAAGAGCAUCUCCUUCGCGACGCCGCUCGACCUGCCCAUGACCGACGAGUACUGGCGGCCCGUGCGGCCGUGCCGGAGCGUCCCCGAGGGGUUAGGGCGCCACCAGCCAAUCACGGUCGUCGAGCAGAUCACCACCUCCGUGUGA